AUGGGUUCUCUGCAUGUCUCCUGCAGUACCACUCAACAUAGCAAGCUUCAGAGGGUUUACCAACUCCUGUUUUUCCAUGUGCACCCGUUCUGGCUCCAUUUCUUGUACUUUGUAACCAUCUCCUUCUUAGGUUUCGUGAUCCUGAAAGCCCUGCCCAUGAAGACCAGCAUGGUCUCGAGGCCCAUAGACCUUGACCUGAUCUUCACCUCGGUGUCGGCCACCACGGUGUCGAGCAUGGUGGCCGUGGAGAUGGAGUCCUUCUCCAACCCCCAGCUCCUACUCCUGACCAUCCUUAUGCUCCUCGGCGGCGAGGUGUUCACCAGCAUGCUUGGCCUUUACUUUACCUACAUCAAGUCCAAGAAGAAAGAAGCCCCCCAUGACCAUGGUGAUGGUGGUGGCAAAGUCGAACCAGCACCGUCUAGCCUAGAGCUCCCUGCUACCACCUUCAUGGACGAUAGCACUGCACAGAACCAGAUGGAGCAAGGGUUCAACAAGGAGCAGCCCCGAUACGGCCGAGCCUUCCUCACCAGGUUGCUCCUGUUCAUAGUGCUGGGCUAUCACGUGGUGGUGCACCUCGCCGGCUACUCCCUGAUGCUGCUCUACCUGAGCGUCGUCUCCGGCGCAAGGGCUGUGCUCGCCGGCAAGGGGAUCAGCCUGCACACCUUCUCCGUAUUCACCGUCGUCUCGACAUUCGCCAAUGGUGGCUUCGUGCCGAACAACGAAGGGAUGGUCGUCUUCCGGUCCUUCCCGGGCCUCCUGCUCCUCGUCAUGCCGCACGUCCUCCUCGGCAACACGCUCUUCCCUGUCUUCCUCAGGCUGGCCAUCUGGGCUCUCCGGAGGGUCACCAGGAGGCCCGAGCUCGGCCAGCUGCAGAGCAUCGGCUAUGGUCACCUGCUGACGAGCCGGCACACCUGCUUCUUGGCUUUCACCGUGGCCACGUUCGUGCUGGCGCAGCUGUCGCUCUUCUGCGCCAUGGAGUGGGGCUCCAACGGGCUGCACGGGCUCACCGCCGCGCAGAAGCUCGUUGCGGCACUGUUCAUGUCGGUCAACUCUAGGCACACCGGCGAGAUGGUCGUGGACCUUUCCACCAUGUCGUCAGCCGUUGUGGUGCUCUACGUGGUCAUGAUGUACCUACCACCUUACACUACAUUUCUACCAGUGGAAGACGACAGUGACCAACAAGUGGGAGCAGAUCAGCACCACCAGAAAAGGGUAACAAGCAUAUGGCGGAAGCUGCUCAUGUCGCCGCUCUCGUUCUUGGCCAUCUUCAUCGCCGUCGUGUGCAUCACGGAGCGGCGGCAGAUCUCCGAUGACCCCCUCAACUUCAACGUCCUCAACAUCACCGUCGAGGUUAUCAGUGCGUACGGAAACGUGGGGUUUAGCACCGGGUACAGCUGUGCCCGGCAGGUGACUGCCGACGGCGGCUGCAGGGAUACGUGGGUUGGCUUCUCUGGGAAGUGGAGCUGGCAAGGGAAGCUGGUUCUCAUUGCUGUCAUGUUCUACGGCAGACUCAAGAAGUUCGGCAUGCAUGGUGGCGAGGCAUGGAGGAUAGUAUAA